AUGGCUAUUAUCACCAACCUUGACAGAGAAAAAUGUUAUUUAGAUAUUUCUAUUGAUGAAAAACCAAUAGGAAGGAUUGUUAUUGAACUUUUUAAUGAUUUAGCCCCGUUAUCUUCAGAGAACUUUUUGAAAUUAUGUACUGGCGAAGCAGGUAAGAACGCCGAGGGAAUCAACUUGAGCUUCAAGGGUAAUUAUUUCCAUAGGGCCAUUAAAAACUUCAUAAUCCAGGCAGGUGAUAUUGUCCACUGCUCAGAUCUCCAGAAAUACCCACCUUCUGCUGAUGACCUUAAUAUCAUUGGUACCGGUGGUGCCUCGGUUUAUCUUGAUAAUGACAGUGAUAUUAGUGAUGAAGUUCAACUACACAACAAAUUUAUAGACGAAAAUCUAGCAAACUCCACUUUUGAAACCACUUUCAAUGUCGCAAUGUCUAAUAACGAUGAAAAUUCAAACACUUCACAGUUCUUUAUUAACACAUACCCAUCACCUCACUUGAACAAUAAGCAUCCAAUUUUUGGUAAAGUUUUGCACGGGAAAUCAGUGAUAAGAGAGAUUGAAAACGUUCCAAUCAUCAGCAAGGAUAAUUACUUUCCUAUUGUGGCUGUUAAAAUAGAAAACUGUGGUAAAUUUGAAGAAGGAAUGGAAAUCCCAUGCUACAACGCUUGCUAUGAUACCAUCGGUGGUGAUAUUUACGAAGAGUACCCUGAUGAUGAUAGCUGCUUCAACAAGGACGAUUAUGCAAAGGUAUUUAAAGUCUGUGAGACAAUUAAGAACUCGGGGAACUGUCUUUUCAAGAGCAAAGAUUUCAAAAACUGUUUGUUUAAAUUUACCAAGGCUCUCAGGUAUGUGGAAGAACUUCAACCAGAAAAGGACGUUUUGAUUACCCAAUCAAACACAGAACAACAAAAUUUGACAAACUAUAAGCUUUAUAUUGACUUUUUGCUAUUGAAGAAGAGUCUAUAUUCAAACAUGUCUUUAGCUUACUUGAAACUUGAAAAAUAUGCGGACUCCAUCAAAUACAGCAAAUUUAUGAUCGACAUGAUAGAACUUUACCCAAAGUACGAGCCAAAAUUUAAAGUUGAAAAAUCUGAUUUCGUCAAAUGUUACUAUAGAAUUGGUAAAUGCUACAUGUUGUGGAAUAGAUUGGACAAGUCUAAGGACUUCUUGACGAAAGCUAGCGACUUGAACAACCAGAAAGAUAAACUCAUUCUCAAGGACUUAGAAACCGUUGAAAACAUGAUCAUCCAAAAGGAAGAGGGAACAAAAAAGAGUCUUGCUAAAUUCUUUCAAUAG